CUUCACAACCUCUCUUGUAUUCAGAAACAGAUGGCUCAAGAAAUGAAAGAGCCUGCAGUGAACAUCAUAGAGCAAUCUCAAGUUGCUCCCCCACAAGAUUCCCUUCAUUCAACCAUUCUCCCCCUCACUUUUCUGGACAUUCCAUGGUUCCUAACCCGCCACGCCAGACGCAUCUUCUUCUAUGAGUUUCCCUUUCCUACCACCCACUUCCUCGAAACAGCACUUCCCACCCUGAAACACUCUCUUUCCCUCACUCUCCAACAUUUCUUCCCCUUUGCCUCUAAUCUCAUCCUCCCUCCACGUCUCCAUGUCCCUUACAUCCGUUACCUUAACGGCGACUCUGUCUCGUUCACUGUCUCAGAGUUCAGUCCUGCAAACUUCACGCUUCUCACGUCAAAUUCCCCUCAAGAUGUCAAUGACUGGCAACCCCUUGCUCCGGCAUUUCCCUCGCCACGCACUACACACGACGGCACGUGCGAGUUCCCCCUCAUGGCCAUUCAGGUAACGGUGAUACCUAACUCUGGAUUCAGCAUAUGUGUUAUCUUCAACCACGUUGCAGGAGAUGGGAGAACCCUUCAUCAUUUCAUGAAGUUUUGGGCCUCAGUUUGCAAGGCCAAAGGGGAUUUGAAUUUCCCUGGCUCUGUGCCUCUACCCUUAUAUGAUAGGGACAUAGUGAAAGACCCCAAAGGGCUCAUGCACGUUUACGUGCAAGAGAUGAGAAAUUCAGCGUUGCAAAAUAAGCAUUUCGGAGGGUUUUUACGUGGUGUUUACGCUGACAAGGUACGUGCCGCUUUUAUGUUUAGUAGAGAACAAGCUGAGAAACUAAAGAAAUGGGUCUCUCUUAAAUGUAACAGUUCAGGGACUUUACAUAUAUCAACCUUUGUAGUGACAUGUUCUUUGAUAUGGGUGUGUAUGCUCAAAUCAGAACAAAAGGAAGAGGAAGGUAAUAACUAUGUUACAAAAGGUUACUUUGAUGAACCAUGCAACAUUGGAUUUUCCGCAGACUGUCAUAACCAUCCUCAGUUUUCAUUACCUUCAAACUACUUUGGGAACUGUUUGAUCCCUCUCCUCACAACCCUAAAGAGGGGUGAGUUGGUGGGACAAAAUGGGAUUGUUGCAGCUGCAAAUGCCAUUGAAAGGAAGAUUAGAGAUUUCAAGAGUGAUGCUUUGAGAUGGGCUGAAACAACGAUGUCAGAUAUUAGAGGCUUAGGGAAAUGUGGUCAAUCUCUUGUGGUGAUUGUUGGCUCGCCGAAACUUACUGCGUACAACACUGACUUUGGAUGGGGGAAGCCCAUAAAGUCAGAAGUGGUGAAUCUUGAUUCUGUGCGAACAGUUUCUCUCACUGAUUGUAGAGACCAAGAAGGUGGAAUUCAGGUUGGAAUAGUACUCGAGAGGAUUCAAAUGAACAAUUUCACUAACAUCUUGGAAGAACACCUUAGUCAUAUUGCAGUUCUUGACUAAUUAAACCAUCCACGUAUUAGUCAUAACAUGUAUCUUUCACGCCAUGCAUUUGUUUAUUAUUUAAUGGUUUUAAAUACUAUACUAAAUAGUAAGAGUAUUGUUACAGUUAUUGGAAAAUAGCUGAUUGUUAUUUGGUACGAAAA